AUGAAUGGAAACGAACAAGAAACUGCUAAAUAUUCAAUUGGGAAAAUUGGUGAAUACUGCGAAGCUGGGAAUUAUGGACGUGCCUUCGCUCAUUUCAUUCUGUUACUGGAACUUGACCAAUAUAAUCCUGAAUUACUGGAGGAAUUCUUUGUGUUAGUAGCACGUAAAUGGUGCGGGUGUUUGGAGAGAAACGAAGAAAUUCAAAACGUUAGAUUUUGCUACACUCAGGCAUUGAGAUACUUUCCUUACAACUUGGAAUUACUGAAUGAUUUUGGUGCACACUAUUGCAGGUGCAAUGAGGCUUCCAUGGCAAUCAAAUACUUUGAAAAAGCCCACGAUGCACAUCCAGAUCAUCUCAAAACAGAGAAGAAUCUUCAGAGCAUGUAUGCCAGCAAGGUCCCACAAUGGCAUUUCAGAAUGCUGAAUGAUCAAGUGAGGAACGAAGCUUAUAAAACAGCUAUACAAACCAUCCUUAGAGACUACAAACAUCACAACAGCAGCCACAAUAUUAAUGUAGUUGAUAUUGGCACAGGCAGUGGUUUAUUGAGUCUAUUUGCUGGCAAAUAUGCACAGCUUAACAAAAUUCAUCAGAAGUCCAUCAAUAUUGUUGCCAUUGAAGAGUGUGAGAUUAUGUCUCAGGUGGCACAAAAGGUGUUUUGUGCAAAUGAUGCACAAAUCACGUUAAUUCCGAAGUUGUCCACUGAAAUCACCAAACAGAACAUUUUCAAUGUGUUAAUAACUGAGAUUUUCGAUUGCUGCCUCUUUGGCGAGGGAGUUUUAACGACAUUGAUUCAUGCCCACUCUGAAUUGUUGGCAGAGCAUGCAAUUGUUUUACCUUAUUCAGCUAGAUUGUUCAUUUUCGGCAUUGAAAGUGACCAAGUUGAUAGUAAGUUUAGAUAUAAACCACAAUCAAGUGAUGAUUGUUAUUUUAAGGCACCGAAAUGUAUUAAAAACAAACACCUUGAGCCAUACGAUGCCUAUAGUAUAAAUUUGUUUGAUUAUAAACAAGUGACAACGAUCCAAGAAGUGGGCAAUAUUAAUUUUAACGAUGCGCAACAGUUACGUAAAAUCUAUUUCGUAGAAGAUGCGUUUGAUGAUGUUGUUUUGGAAGCUGUUGAGGAUGGUGUGUGUCAUGCAUUUGUCAUUUGUUUUGAAUUAUCAUUAGAUAAACAGAAAAAGUACAAAAUUACAACGAAUCCUCUUGAAAGGGAGAAUGUUUGUCUAUGUUGGGAGCAAGGCGUUGUUUUCCCUGCUCAUUCAAUUACUGUAAAGAAACAAGAUAAACUAACAGUGCAUGUUGAAGCUAUUGCUGAUAAAUUAAACGUUACACUGAAGAAUCAACAUAUCACAGCAAUUAAUAAAACAAAUGAAUGUGCGGCGCUUAGUCCUAAUGUGAAUUUGCCAUGCAGUCAUCUACGUAAUGAAUGUCAUUGUUGGCAGGUUUCUUUUGAUGCUGUACCUUUAUUGAAUUGGAAACAAUUACACGUUGCGUACAAACAUGUACUCAAUGCCAUGUGUCCUGGUUCAGAGUUGAGAGAAGUACAUAUCUUAGAAAUAUCAGCGCUACCACUCUUUUCCACCAUGUUUCUGAACGAUUCAACACGUUUUAAAGACAUGGCUUCCAUUGUAGUAGCAUAUAAAAAUGCCGAGUAUGCGAAGAAACUCCUGCAAAUGAAUGGAAUCGCUGAAGACCGAUACAAAAUGAAGGUUGAGUGGAAUAAUUUACGUUUGCUAGAGGAAUUGGAGGAGCGAGGGCACAAAUUUAAUUACAUUGUCUUUGAUCCAGUGUUUCAAAACGGUCUGUUAAACGAGAAGUUCUUUAUGAACAUUGAUUCCUAUCGAAGUUUGCUCAGUCCUGGUGGAAUAUUCCUGCCUGAACAACUUCACCUUUGCUUCGAGUUGGUUGAGAGUAGUUACUUGGAGCAAUGUACACAGGCUUUGGACGGUAAUUCCUUUGGGUUUAACAUAGAAUCAGCGAUUAAUAGAUACUCAGUAUUGGAGAUGCGCUCAUUGAGUGGCCGUUUCCAAAAGAAAGUUUUGUCAAACAUUGUUAAAACUUCAAUUAUAUACGAUGAAAAGUGCCAUGAGCACGUUGUUAACGUUAGGGCGACAGAGGAUGGUACUUUGAGUGGAUUUUUAUAUUGGUUUGAAUGGUGUGCUGCUGGGGUGGUCAUUAGUACCCGGAAUAGUCCGUAUAACAUGGCAGCGUUUGUCUUAAAUGCUUUUGAUAAAGAGCGGAUUUAUAAAGAUGGUAUUGUUGAUGUUAAAAUUAAACAAGACUGUGGAUUGCUUAAGAUAUCACUGAGAUAGGUGUGCAUGUUGAUUGUACUGUGUGGAAGACAUAUCACUCUUUUGGAAUACUUUUGUUACUAUUUAUACCUUAAAUAAUGUUUAAUUUUAAGUGAAUUGACAGUGAGUAAUUGUAAAAACGUAAAAUACAAGAUUGUGUUUUUGUUACUAAUAAAUCUCAACAAAUCUUCUCUAA